AGACUUAAGAACGCGUUUAGUACGGUAUAAAAUGUUUGUCCCCGUCAGGCCGCCGUCCUGCAGGUCCGCCAUAUUGUCUGCCGAAGCUGCCGCUGAAGCUACAGCUGCGGCCGCCGCCAAGUCUGAGCGAGCGGAGCCGCGAUGGAGACCAUGGCAAGCCCAGGGAAAGACAAUUACCGAAUGAAGAGCUAUAAGAACAAUGCCUUAAACCCUGAGGAAAUGAGACGAAGGAGGGAGGAAGAGGGCAUUCAGCUUCGGAAACAGAAGCGGGAACAACAACUUUUUAAACGUAGAAAUGUGGAGCUGAUUAACGAAGAGGCUGCCAUGUUCGACAGUCUGCUGAUGGACUCCUAUGUGAGCUCUACAACAGGGGAAAGUGUGAUCACAAGAGAGAUGGUGGAGAUGCUCUUUUCUGAUGAUUCUGACUUACAGUUAGCAACCACACAGAAAUUCCGGAAACUCCUCUCCAAAGAGCCGAGUCCUCCAAUAGAUGAAGUUAUUAACACUCCAGGAGUAGUUGACCGGUUUGUGGAGUUUCUGAAGAGGAGUGAGAAUUGUACAUUACAGUUUGAAGCUGCUUGGGCUCUGACAAACAUUGCCUCCGGAACUUCUCAGCAGACCAAAAUCGUCAUUGAAGCAGGAGCUGUCCCCAUUUUUAUAGAGCUGCUUAACUCAGACUUUGAAGAUGUACAAGAACAGGCAGUCUGGGCUCUGGGAAACAUAGCUGGAGACAGUUCGGUUUGCAGAGAUUACGUCUUGAAUUGUUCGAUCCUUAAUCCUUUGUUAACACUCCUUACUAAGUCCACACGACUGACAAUGACACGGAAUGCAGUCUGGGCACUGUCAAACCUCUGCCGAGGGAAGAACCCACCUCCAGAAUUUGCAAAGGUCUCUCCUUGUUUGCCUGUAUUGUCUCGUCUACUCUUCAGUAGCGACUCAGACUUGCUGGCAGAUGCUUGCUGGGCCCUCUCUUACCUGUCUGAUGGCCCCAAUGAGAAGAUCCAGGCAGUCAUAGACUCUGGAGUCUGCCGGAGAUUGGUAGAACUUCUGAUGCACAAUGAUUACAAAGUGGCGUCUCCUGCCUUGAGAGCUGUGGGUAACAUUGUCACUGGGGAUGACAUCCAGACCCAGGUCAUUCUUAACUGUUCAGCCCUCCCUUGCCUCCUCCACCUGCUGAGCAGCUCCAAGGAGUCAAUCCGGAAGGAAGCUUGCUGGACCAUUUCAAACAUCACUGCUGGCAAUAGGGCUCAAAUACAGGCUGUCAUAGAUGCAAAUAUCUUCCCUGUGUUGAUCGAAAUCCUUCAGAAAGCAGAGUUCCGUACAAGGAAAGAAGCAGCCUGGGCCAUUACCAAUGCCACGUCAGGAGGAACCCCUGAGCAAAUCAGGUACCUGGUGUCACUAGGCUGCAUCAAACCCCUGUGUGACUUGCUGACUGUAAUGGAUUCAAAGAUUGUGCAAGUGGCCCUCAAUGGACUAGAGAACAUCCUGCGGCUUGGAGAGCAAGAGGGCAAACGUAGUGGCUCAGGGGUCAAUCCCUACUGUGGCCUCAUUGAGGAAGCCUAUGGCUUGGAUAAAAUUGAGUUUCUCCAGAGCCACGAGAACCAGGAAAUCUACCAGAAGGCCUUUGACCUCAUUGAGCACUACUUUGGUGUAGAAGAUGAUGACAGCAGCCUGGCUCCUCAGGUGGAUGAAACACAACAGCAGUUCAUCUUCCAACAGCCUGAGGCCCCCAUGGAGGGCUUCCAGCUAUAAUGUCUGCCUCCGGGGAGGGGAGGGCAUGGGAAGCACCACCAGCCAGCAGAAGAGCAGCCCUGUGGUGGGCAAGGAAAACAGCCACCCCACCAGCAGCCACCAUGCACCUGCUGCCCUGGAGACUGUGCUCUUGACCUGUUCAUCCCCUUCCCUGGAGGGAGCACCCUCUGGACAGACAGAACCAUCUGAGGCUCACACUGGGUUUUGUGACAAGAAGGGGACGUGUGGGUUUUUCUUCCUUACACUUUAUUUUGGCUGCACACAUGUCUUUAACCCAGGAGCCCAGGGGUAGACAAAGGAGGACUGAGGUAAUCAAUUUGCACCUUUAAAUUUUUUUUUUUUCUUUUAUUUUCUUUAGUGGUGACUUCCUUCCCAUUAUUCUUGCUUCAUCCAUCCUAGUCCUCUGCCCUGAUGUGUGUAACUCUUAUCUUGGGUACUUGAGCAGAUGGAGUAUUCCAGAGGUGGGAGGUGGGAGGGGAGGGGAGAAGUCCAAAACAAAGUGUUCUUGCUCUGACCGAAUAUUGAUCUUGUAUGCUUGGAUUGGUUAUUUAAUUUUUUCUUUUGCACAUUUUUCUUGUAUUAAGGUUGCUCUUCCCAAAAGCUGGUUUUAGGAACCCAGCUGCCAGCAUUGUCUGGAAGUAGAGGCUAAUAAGGAGGCCCCACGAGACAGAGGUCCUCUCCUCCCUCACUCUCCUGGAACAAAUUACCAGUGGGAGUGGGAAGGAGGAGCACAGGCCUUCAGACAGGGCUUCUCCUGUGUAGCUACUGACCCUGUAUCCUACCCACCUCCUACAUGGUGCAACCCAACUUCAUUUGUUUACUUGAAAAUUCACCUCAGAGUUGAAUGAACCUCUGAGGUGGCUGUGUUUUCUCCUGAGCUUGAGAUGGGGGCUGUGGUCCUCCCUUCUCCUGAGGAGAAAGUCCUUGCUCUGAUGACCCAUACGUUGCAGAGGAGGUUGGAGUUAGGGUCGUGUAUUGGGAUAGUCGGGAAUCCCUGCCUUUGGCCUUUCUUCUUCCUUCUGCCAUAGUUGGAUCAUGUAUAUUUUACUUCCAAAGGAGAGAAUGUCAAAAAGUUCUGUAUUUUUUUUAUAUUCUAUAUUUUAAGUAGGUCAGUCUUAAUUGGUCUUAGGAGGACAAACUGUCUGUGAGUGGGAUACUGUGAGCAAGACCAGAAAGAGAUGUAGAAGCUUCCUGUUCAAAGGGCUGAACUUGGUCCUUUUCUUCUCUGCUUGGAUUCUGAGUCACCACUUGGGACCAACUCUCUCUCACCUCUGGAGCCUUUAUGAAGUAAAUCAGCCUGGCCUGAUUAUCCCGGUACCUGAAAGGAGCAAAGAGGGCCUCGGGGCCUGGUGAAGUCUGCUGCUCUGGUCCUUUCUUCUGAGCAGAAAGCAGCCUGCCUUCUCUAACUCAGUAUCAGUCCGUUACCCAAAUAAGUCACGACAUGCUGCCUCUCCUGUUAUCAGAGAACCUUGGUGACCUGGAUACUUUGUUGAGAGCUUAUUGGCACCUCCCUUCUGAGGGUCCUUGUACCCAGCUUGGAUUUCCCCUUUCUUGUGACAGUUACACAAAUGCCUUUUCUUUCUGAGUAAAGCUAACUCAAUGCCUCAGGCUGGCCUGUGUUUUAGUAGGUUACACAUUUUACUAAAACUAAGCUCUGGAGAGGGGAGUGGGGUGCAUUGUCAGCUAGGUAUAAAUCAGCUGUGGAGCUAGCAGCCCAGUACCCAACUGUGGUGAAGCAGAGGUGUCCUGAUAUCAUCUAUACUUUUCUUUCUCUACAAACAGCCUUCUUACUCCUGUUCCCACAGAUCUCCCACACUUGCAGAUCUAAAGUUCAGGUUCUUGCUGUUGGCCACUGGCCUUCAGUUUGCCAUCUCCCAAUUUGGAGGCCCUGUUCCUAUGAAAAGUAGUUCAGGGCUGGUGGUUGAUUCUGAAAGCUUUGGCGAACACUGGACCACAUUGGCAGAUCAAAUAUUACUUAUCAACCCUCUGGCCUUCUGGGAAGGCAGUGGGCAGGGCCCUUUAAAAAAAAAAAAAAAAAAAAAAAAAAAACCUGGUCUGCAGCUUUACUACAAACUCUGUUCCUAGUUCAAAGAAAAGCUCUCCAGGACCGCUGUCACCACCCCUAUCUGAAGAGCAAAACACUGUAGUGGGAGCUACUCCGCACAUCUCAAGCAAAAGUUAAUAAGCCCUUGGCAUUGGAACCAUAUUCUCUGUAUGAAGCCUAAUCUGCUUCCCCCAUCCUUUCUCCGGUAUCUCUUUGGCUUCAGACCUGUAUCCAGUACCAGAUGGAAGAGGUUGGUUACCUAGCUGCUCUAGGCAUUGCACUGAAAUCCUCUUUAAUGACUGACAGAGUGGUCCACCCUAAACACUGUCUUCAGUCCAGCUCUCCCCAGUGACUACAAGCCUUCAUGUUGGCUGCAGCUUUUUAGUAUAACCAUAUGAAUUCCAUCCUGUUUGGCACCAUUGUUACUUGGGUCUGUGGACAUACACACUUCCAGGAAGUAGGUGUUGACUUUUUUUUUUUUUUUUAAAGAGCUUUGGUGUUUUCCUUUACCUGGGACCUUGUAUCUACUGCUGCUCCCUUCUGUCUGGAAGUCAUCUCCCAGGUGUGCUGAAGCUAACCAGAGUUUAUAGCUGCUUUCGUAUUUAGCUAAGGGAGAUGAAAAGAAGGUUCUUACACAUGAACUUUCUACUUCUCUGAAACCAAUCCAGUCAAAAGUCAAACUUCCUGUAUGGAGGAACUGUGGUUCUGCUCCUGUCUGCCUGGAAGCAUAGCACUUCCAUCCUCUUCCCCCACUCUGCAUGCCCUCCCUGAAGGCUUCCGCUCUCGUGCAGAGCUCAUCCCCUCUCCCCAGGUUCACUCACUUUGGUAUCCAUCCUCUUGGGCAUUCUUCACGCUCUAACCUCUUGAAGGUACAAAGCCAGCUUCUCCAGGUCCCUGCAGACCCAAGAGGGGACAGGACGAUGGCAAGCUUCCCUAGCAGGCUGGGGAAGGGUGCAAGACACUGAGCAAGAGCAGCUCUUCAAGUGACACGCCCCUGCAUAGCCCUAAGAGACAGCUUCUGGUGCACUCUAGCCCAACCUCAUCCAGUAUUUUCUCUGUUUUACCUUUUGUAUUCUUUUGUUAAGCCAACGAACUGAGAAUUUGCCCCUCUAAGGAUCCAUGUGGUGGACACUAGCUGCUCUUUGGCCAAAGGCCUUCAUAGCUGGUUCAGCGGCCCCGUCUAUUCCCUAGUCUCAUCCCAGAAUAAGACAUGCACAGCAAUGGAAGAAUUGAGGUCAACUCCAACCGAAUCUGAAUGAAAACUUACUUUCUUUUUAAAAGAGCAUCUUGUUUGAAGCCUGAACUACACACAGGACCAAAACUGGCUGUGAGAAAAGCAGCCGCCGUAACUUGAGGAACCUGAACACCAGAGGGGGAAAGGCUUAUGUGAUGUGUCUCCAAGGGCUUGGGCUUACCUACCUGUUCCUAGGCUGGCCUGACUUUUCAUGUUCACACUAGCAUAUGCCAGUGUUGCCCGCCAGCCCUGCACUCCUGGGGUUCUAAUGUUUAAGUUUAGAGAAGGAAGUGAUACACCAUGUGCAGAGCUGGGAAGGAAGUCUCAGCUCAGGUCCUGAGACUGCCUGCAAACUAUGUCAAAGAUUCACACCAUGAACCCUCAGAAGCCAGAGGUGGGUAGUGGCUUUUUUGAGAAAUGCCUUUUUUGACCUAUUAAAUAAAUGAAGUGGGUAUGAGGUCUCAGCUACCCAGCAGAUAGAACAUCAAUCGCUCAAGGACAGCUUGGGUUUCCAGGUAAGAACCCUAAAAAGCUGAAUUUAAUCCUCACAGGUUUUGCUUUCCAAAUUCAUUUGCUUUUAUUUUUCUAAGAACUGUAAACUCUAUUUUUUCAUGUUCUCAGGGCCCCUGGGUAGACAAACAAAGCUUGAUUUCAGAGCAGAAAUAGGCCAAGAAACCAUGGCAUUGAGUGUGCUGAGUCCAGACAAAUGAUAUUUAUAUACACAUCCAAAUUUGAAGAGAAAAUGUAUUUCUUUAGGUUUCAAACACUGUAAUAGAUACAAAGCAAAAAUAAAAACCUGUUGCAAAGUUCUAAA